AUGCAAUACUUGGGCGCAGGACAAGGAGCCUAUGAGCGUGAGGUAGUGAAGACCUAUGGCAGCUAUCGUUGCCGCCCUUGGUGCAUGGUCAUGCCAUGUCUCCUGCUCAUUUUGCCCAUUGGCAUGCUCUUCUGGCACUUCUGGCCCCGCGCGCAGCACAACCCGCCAGAUUGCAUCACCGACUUCCAUGACUGGCUGCGCCUCUGGACCGAGGAACGAAAGGCCUAUUGUUGCAAAACUGCCGGCCGUGCAUGUGGCGCGCAGCAGGGCGUCUACCGGACGCCUCCAGUCGUGUACAGGGGCGCCUCCUCUCGCCUCGCUGUUUGGGUCGACCUGCGCGGCCCUCGCGGCUUCGAAGAAGCGGCGGCCCGCGCUGUGCGCUGCGCUGCGCUGUGCGCGGUGCGCUGUGGCACCGGGGCGACCGUGGACGGUCGUCACGUCCCGAAGGGACGACGGUUCCUUUUGGACGUUUGUUCCGCCUCCUUCACCUCUGCGCCGCCGCUCCGGGCCCGCCAUGGCGGCACCAUGGCGUCACCGGCCGUGGCCUGCCGUGGCACAGGACGUGUCCGUGGCGUGGUGACGACGGGGCGUGGAGGGAGGGCCGACGACGGGGUGUGGUGA